AUGGAAACAGAAGCUGAGAAGAACAUUGCGAUCUGGAAGGUCAAGAAACUGAUCAAGUCUUUGGAAAAGGCUAGAGGAAAUGGUACGUCGAUGAUUUCGCUGGUCAUCCCACCCAAGGGCCAAAUAUCGAUGAUUCAGCGGAUGCUGACAGAUGAAUACGGUACAGCAUCGAACAUCAAGUCCAGAGUGAAUCGUCUAUCUGUGCUGGGUGCAAUCACAUCGACUCAGCAAAAACUGAAACUAUACACCAGAGUACCCCCCAAUGGGCUUGUAUUGUACUGCGGUGACAUUAUCACAGAAGAGGGUAAAGAAAAAAAGGUGACAAUUGACAUCGAACCAUACAAACCUAUCAACACAUCUCUGUAUCUGUGUGACAACAAGUUCCACACCGAUGUGCUGUCAGAACUGCUAGAAGCAGACGAUAAGUUCGGUUUUAUCGUCAUGGAUGGUCAAGGCUCUUUGUUCGGUCUGCUGUCCGGUAACACCAGAACUGUCUUGCAUAAAUUUACGGUCGAUCUACCAAAGAAACACGGAAGAGGUGGUCAGUCCGCGGUCCGUUUUGCCCGUUUAAGAGAGGAGAAAAGACACAACUACGUCAGAAAAGUAGCAGAGGUGGCGGUCCAGAAUUUCAUCACCAACGAUAAGCCCAACGUCAAGGGUUUGAUUUUGGCUGGUUCCGCCGAUUUCAAGACAGACCUUGCCAAAUCCGAGCUUUUCGACCAGAGAUUGGCUACAAGAGUCGUUAAGAUCGUUGAUAUUUCGUACGGUGGUGAAAACGGUUUCAACCAGGCUAUUGAACAAUCUGCGGAGGCCCUAGCCAACGUCAAGUUCAUCCAAGAGAAGAAGUUGAUCACAAGCUAUUUCGAUGAAAUUUCUCAAGACACAGGUAAAUUCUGUUACGGUAUUGACGAUACCCUGAAGGCUCUUGACUUGGGUGCUGUUGAGACUCUGAUCAUAUUCGAAAACCUCGAGACAAUCAGAUACAUCUUCCACGAUUCUGAAGACAAUGAAAUCAUAAGAUUCGCCGAACCCGAGCAAGAAGACAAAUCUUACAGCAUUGACAAAGCCACAGGCUUGGAAAUGGAAGUGGUGGAAGAGCAGCCUCUAGUUGAGUGGUUGGCAGAAAACUACAAAAACUACGGUGCUAAUCUAGAAUUCGUGACUGACAGAUCUUCUGAAGGUGCACAAUUCGUAACAGGAUUUGGUGGUUUUGGUGCCAUGCUUCGUUACAAGGUUAACUUUGAGCAAUUGGUGGAUGAGUCCGAUGAUGAGUACUACGAAGAGGACGAGGGAUCCGACUACGACUUCAUCUAA